UAUGAAAAAGUAUCAAGUUUCCCAUUUGACGUGGCAGAGAGUUCUUAAUCCUGCGUGUAACCCCGCGGAAGAUAAGAGUAAUCCAGCGACGCGCUUUUUCAGAGCGUGUCUGAGUUCUCAUAAAUUAUUAGCAAAGGAAAUACCGAAAUAUUGGACUGCUAGAACCACCGUCGUGUUUCUCCUUUUCUUCGUAUUCGUCCUUCAAUCCUAUCAGAGGAAUCUAAUGGCAUCGCGAGACAAGAAACCAGUAAAACCAUCCAGCAGUCGUGCCGGCGGUAUCCGCACUCUCUCCGAUCUUAACAGGCACGCCGGCCCCGAUUCCGACAGCGACGAUGAUGCUCCUCAAGAGUACUACACCGGUGGCGAGAAGAGUGGUAUGCUUGUUCAAGAUCCUUCAAAAGGAAAUGAUGUGGAUGCAAUUUUCAAUCAAGCUAGGCAAUUGGGAGCCGUUGAAGGUCCUCUUGAUCACUUUCGUCCAUCUCCAAGCUCAAGAAGCUUUACUGGAACUGGUAGAUUACUCUCUGGGGAAACUGUACCGACUGUACCUCAGCAACCUGAGGCCAUGAUUCACAAUAUUGUGUUCUGGACCAAUGGUUUCACUGUAAAUGAUGGCCCUUUGAGGAGGUUGGAUGAUCCAGAAAAUGCAUCUUUCUUAGAGAGUAUCAGAAAGUCUGAAUGCCCGAAGGAGCUUGAGCCUGCAGAUAGAAGGUCCUCAGUUCACGUCAACUUGAUUAGAAGGGAUGAACAGUGUCCAGAACCAGAGAAGCAGCGCCUUGUUCCAUUUCAGGGUGUCGGGAGAACUCUAGGUAGCAGCAGUACUCCAGCAGCAACUGAUCCAACAGUUGAUUCAGCUCCUCUUAACACUGUUCCAACCCCAUCCAUCGGCCUGGUUGUGGAUGAAACAUUGCCAUCAACUUCCAUUCAGCUUAGGUUGGCAGAUGGGACCCGCAUGAUUGCUCACUUCAAUUACCACCACACUGUGAAUGACAUUCGAGCUUUCAUUAAUGCAUCUAGACCUGGAAGUGCUCAGAAUUAUCAGCUGCAGCUGAUGGGAUUUCCUCCCAAGGUUCUUACAGAUUCAACUCAAACAAUAGAGCAAGCAGGGCUUGCCAAUUCAGUCAUUAUUCAGAAAUUCUAGCCAAGCUGGAUAAAAGGCAGUGCACUCUCAUUAGUCAUUAACUGCUUAUUGUACCAAGCGAACCAAUUCUAUGGACAUAUCUCCAUUUCCUAUAUAUUAAAAGAGGGUUUUGGUGGCUGGUUGCGUGGUUA